CUAGUGUACCGGAGGCGGGGGGGCUUGUCUGUGGACAUUGUCUCGGGCUCUCGCGAGAGGGAGGGAGGGGCUUCUGGUUUAGCGAGGACGAGCUCAGCUCGCACAAGGGCUCUCGGGGAAUUGGGGCGAAGAGAGGGAACCAAAAGCAGGAAAGUAGUGAAGUGCAGUAGAAGGAAGGCAGAGCCAGAGCCUCACAAGCGGGAGGGAGGGACCCGGGGAGGUAGGGAAAGGAAGGGCAUGGAGUAGAGGAGCAGCAGUGCAGACUGCAAGCUCGAUUGUCUGAGAGCGUGGCUCGCUUGUCUUCUCCAGCGCUGCUGAGGAGAGGAGAGUCUGCUCUUGACAUUUAGCUUUAUCACGACGCAGAACGAGGGCCCCACGCUUACUACUGCUGCGCUUCGCUCUUCUACUUCUUCUGCGUCUGUCACCUCUGGGCCAUCUCACUUCUCUGGUGCUCCAAAAGCCUCUCUCUCUCUCUCGCUUUCCCUCUCUUUCCCUGCGUGUGUGUCUCUCUCUUCAUCAGUCUACCAGUCUACUGCCGUCAGGUUCUCGCUGCUGCUGCUGCUGCUCUCCGCGCGGCCCCACUAUUACCAUCACCGGGUGCUUUGAGCUCGCGAGCUCCACAAUUUGAGACUCUCGCGCUGUCCGAGCUCCUAUUCAGGCGAGAGCAUUCGGAGCAGAAGACUUCGCUCCUUCACACAUGUGAGCAGCAGAGGAGAACCUUUUCGGUGCCACCGCAGCUCCAAGGUCGACGAGACUCAGCAGGGGAAUGACGAGAGGAUCGUGGUAGGACGCUGCAGCUCGGUACAACAUCGGCACUCGGGUCUUCGAAGCGCGCACUCCUGAUGGGUGUUCGGCGGCAGGGCGGCCUUGAUGCCAGAGUCGCAGCAAUGGAUAGAUGGAGGAGGGCGCAGGUUCUGCUCGUGGUGUUCUUCGUAGUGGCUUCGGUGGUGCGGGCAGAAGUGUACAUGGUUCUCAUGGAUGGUGAGCCGGUCGUGAGCUACAGAGGCACACUCCCAGGUCUGAGCGCGACUCGUGGCCUGUCGCCGAGGUCGGCCACAUUUCAAACCUCCGGGCUGCAGGCAGUGCGAGCGUACUCCACCCACUUGGUGUCGCAGCAGGACAAGCUGCUCGAGAGCAGCAUCGGGAAAGGCGCCUACAAUAAGCUGUACAGCUACAACUAUCUCGUGAAUGGCUUCGCCGCCGAGAUGAGCCCCGAGCAGGCAGACAUUCUGAGCAGAACGCCGGGCGUGAAGCGAGUGGAGAGGAGCAGGCGAGUGAAGAGCUGCACCACUCACAGUCCGGAUUACUUGGGGCUGGCCAGCGGCUUGUGGGCGCAGGCUGGUGGGCCUGAGAAUGCGGGCGAGGGAAUUGUGAUCGGAAUCGUCGAUACUGGUAUCAAUCCCGAGCACCCGAGUUUCGCCGCCAGCAGCACCAAGCCCUACGGGCCCGUGUCCACGUACCUCGGCAACUGCGAGGUCCACUCCAGCUUCCCGCAAGGAUCGUGCAAUGGCAAGAUCAUCGGCGCCCAGCACUUUGCGGCCGCCGCCAAGUCCGAGGGCGCUUUCAACACCACCAUCGAUUACGAUUCCCCUCUCGAUGGAGAUGGACACGGAUCGCACACAGCCUCCAUUGCAGCAGGAAAUCACAAUGUUCCUGUCAUUGUCGGCGGAGUCAACUACGGCAAUGCCAGUGGCAUGGCCCCUCGAGCUCGAAUCGGAGUGUACAAAGCUCUGUACAGAUUGUUCGGAGGCUUCAACGCCGACGUCGUAGCUGCCAUCGACAAGGCUGUCCAGGACGGAGUGGAUGUGCUGAACUUAUCUCUGGGGCCGAACAGCCCUCCGGCCGAGACAACCAUCACCUUUCUGAGCAUAUUCGAUUUGGCGUGCCUGGCGGCCAUCAAGUCCGGCGUCGUCGUCAUCCAAGCCGCAGGCAAUGGAGGGCCCUAUCCUCAAACCACCCUUUCCUUCAGCCCCUGGAUCACCACCGUCGCUGCUGGCGUUGACGACAGGUCCUACCCGAAUUGGCUCAAUCUCGGCAACAAUUUGAGGUUGAUGGGGAAAGGCCUUGCACCUGCGACACCGGGAGAUUUCAUGAACAAAAUGGUUCUGGCUGCCGACGCUGUCACAGGCCCUAUCAACCCCAUUUAUGAUCCCAGCGAUUGCCAAGAUUCAACCUCGUUGGACAAGGCGAUGAUCGCUGGAAAUAUUCUGAUCUGCACGUAUUCGUUCAAUUUUAUCUAUGGAGGAUCCACCAUCAAGCGAGUGGAAGAAACGACGAAGAAUUUAAGCGCAGCUGGCUUCGUCAUGGUGGUGCAGAGUGAUACUGCCGGGAGCAGAUUCAAUCCAAUCCCAAUCACUGUCCCGGGUAUUAUCAUCACGUCGCAGAACGAAUCUCAGAUUUUACUAGACUAUUACAACAAGACUACACUCCGAAAUGUCAAAGGUCAAGCUGAGACUUUCGGUGCUGAGGCAAAGAUUGGAAAUGGCCAGACGGCAGUGUACAGCGGGACUUCUCAGGUGGUGGCGUUAUUCUCCUCCCGCGGACCCGACAUUCGAGAUUUCAGCUUCAACAACGCCGACGUUUUGAAGCCCAACAUAAUGGCUCCCGGUUCUCUGAUCUGGGGUGCUUGGACUCCAGUGGGCAUCGACGAACCGAAUUUUCUUGGCAAGGACUUCGCCAUGAUUUCUGGCACGAGUAUGGCCACACCGCACAUAGCAGGCAUAGCGGCGUUGUUGCUAGAGAGAAACCCCCAAUGGAGCCCAGCGGUCAUAAAUUCGGCCCUUUCCACCACCGCUUCAGUGUUCGACAAGGAUGGCAACCCUCUACAAGCGGAACACAUUUCUUUCGGCGGGGCUGCCGCACCAGGACCCGGGACUCCCUUCGACUACGGAAGUGGUGCUGUGAACGCCACAGCAGCUCUCGAUCCCGGCAUCGUCUUCGAUGCAGGGUACGACGAAUAUAUUAAGUUCAUCUGCACGGUGCCCGGAGUGGAGGAGGCCGCCGUGUUCAAUUUGACGGGAAGCCGAUGUAAUGUAUCUUCUGCAGACUUGCCCACGGACUUGAACACUCCAUCCAUUACAAUCGCCUCUUUGAAUGGAACCAGGGUAGUCCCACGGACUGUGACCAGCGUAUCCAAUCAGACAGAAACAUGGUCGAUCAAAGUCUCGCAACCCGAGGGCGUUUCUGUGGCCGUCGCUCCACAGAACUUCACCAUUGCCCCAUCCGCCACACAGAAGCUUGUAGUCGCCUUGACUCCAACAGUUGACUCUCCCGUUUUCACAUUUGGCGAGAUUUUUCUUACUGGUUCCCUAGGACACACAGCUCAUAUACCAAUCUCCAUUAUUCAGUCCCAAGUUGCCGCUCGUUGAAAACCUCCGAGAGCUUUUCUUUCACUGAAGAAAGAGUCGAUUCUUCAAAGACGUCACACGAAAAUUUUCAUACUGGAGAAAUCUCAGGAACUCGACAAGCUUUUGCUAGAGAAGCUGAAGAGUAACGAGCUACUUUGUAAAGAGGAGAGUCUUGUAACACUAGUUGUUAGUCCUAAAUUAUUGAUUUUUCACACGAAUGGAGAUCACUUAGGUAGGGUGCAUGGCACACCUCCCACCGAACGGGGAUUUUAUGUCGUUUUGGACUGUUUUCUGCUCAACACCCCGACUGAUUAAUCAAUCAACAGUGAGUACACAAGGGUGUUUCUGGAAGAGAUUUAUGUAGAUUGUGCCUCGCUCGGCAGCAGUGUGAGAAGCUGUCAUGCGAGCACGUUAUGUACAAUGAGACUUGAAAUAAUUUACGUCGUC